AAGCUGCGCGACCGUUUAUUGUGUUUUGUGGCCUUGGAUGGAAACGUCUCGGUCGCAAUCAGUUCUCGAGCAAGAUUCCAUUUACCCACCGUGAGCAGUGCCGUGUACACAGUGACAUAAUGUUUGUUUAUACACUUGCGCUGUUUGCGGCCGUAGUGUUCCUGGUGCUGCGAUACAUCUACUCCCACUGGGAACGUCAUGGACUGCCCCACCUGAAGCCAGAGAUUCCGUACGGCAACAUCCGCACCGUAGCGGAGAAGAAGGAAUCGUUUGGCAUCGCCAUCAACAACCUGUACCACAAGUCGUCGGAUCGUCUGCUAGGUCUCUAUCUGUUCUUCCGCCCAGCCAUCCUCAUCCGUGAUCCGCACCUAGCGAAACGCAUCAUGGUGAACGACUUCCAGAACUUUCACGAUCGGGGCGUGUACUGUAACGAGCAGCGCGAUCCCUUCUCGGCCAACCUAUUCGCCCUAGCCGGCCAGCGGUGGAAGAACUUGCGUGCGAAGCUAACGCCAACCUUCACCUCGGGUCAGCUGCGUAACAUGUUGCCCACGCUACUGGCCGUCGGUGGCAAGCUGAUCGAGCGGAUGGACGCACUGGUGGACGAUAAAUCGAUCGUGGACAUGCGUGACAUUGCGUCACGCUUCGUGCUUGACAACAUUGCUUCCGUGUUCUUCGGGUUCGAGGCGAACUGUAUCCACAACUCGGAAGAUCCCUUCCUAAAAACACUUCGAGCAACGAACCAGCGUCGUGGAUUUUUGGACAACUUCCGCACAUCGGGUGUGUUUAUCUGUCCAGGGCUGCUAAAGCUUACCGGACUUACCUCACUUCAACCGGCGCUCAUCAACUUCGUCAUGGACAUUAUCACGUACCAGAUCGAUCAUCGCGAGAAGAGUCAGAUCACCCGGAAAGACUUCGUGCAGCUGCUAAUAGAUCUGCGCCGUGAGGCGGGCAACAACUCCGAGGAGGCCCUCACCAUCGAACAGUGUGCGGCGAACGUGUUCCUGUUCUACAUAGCCGGAGCGGAAACGUCUACGGCCACGAUUUCGUUUACGCUUCACGAACUCUCACACAACCCGGAAGUGAUGGCGAAAUUGCAGCAGGAAAUAGACGAGAUGAUGGAACGGUACAAUGGUGAAAUUACGUACGAUAACAUCAAGGCGAUGAAGUAUCUGGACCUGUGCGUGAAGGAAACGCUCAGGAAGUAUCCGGGCUUGCCGAUAUUGAAUCGUGAGUGUACGAUCGACUACCGGGUGCCGGAUAGUGACGUCGUGAUUCGGAAAGGAACUCAGGUUGUCAUUCCCCUGCUGAGCAUCAGUAUGAACGAGAAGUACUUCCCGGAUCCGGAACUCUAUUCGCCCGAGAGGUUUGAUGAGGCUACGAAGAAUUACGAUCAAGACGCUUACUAUCCGUUCGGUGCUGGACCACGCAAUUGUAUUGGUCUUCGGCAAGGGGUUCUUGUGUCCAAGAUUGGCCUUGUCCUGUUGCUAUCCAAGUACAACUUCAAGUCGACGAUACCAGCCAAGGUGAAGUUUGCAGCCGCCACUGUAGGGCUUACGCCCGAGGGAGGUUUCCCGAUGCGGGUAGAGCACAGAAAGUGAAGCGUUUCUCCACUGAUUUGUGAUAAGAUAAGGAUAAGGGUACAAAUAUAAACCGUAAAGUAGUAUUAAACAAUUGUUAAGCUUAAAUAAAUGAUGUAACGUACAACACACAUUA